AGCAAUAUAAUCUACUUCACUCAGAUCAACUGUUAGGUGGUCAACUGAAAGUGAAGCUGUGUCGUCAUAGAAGACAACAAGCAUGAACAACCACUUAUCUAUGGCAGCAAGCCACCACUAACAAAGACGUGCUCAAUUUUCUUACAUGGCUGUAAUCCUCUUUGCUGUUCUAAAUCCUCAUCACGGUAGCUUGAGUGUGCUGUUUGCUCUGUGAUGCUUUAAUCCUUCUGUGGAAAAGGCAACCACACCUUAGGCCCUUCAGAAUUGUAGGAUUUGCCCAGCCGAAAGCUAGAAAUCAUGGAAGAGCUACUUUUGCCCACAGAAGGAGAGGAAACACGCUCAGACAACAGUUCCUAUGCCCCAGGAGACUCUGAGAUGACAAUGAUGGGACGCAUCAAGAGCCUUUUCUGUGAGAUAUUCACAAUGAAUCUUCGGGAAUCAGUGAAAGAGUUCUGCCAGCGCAACGGAUUGUUGACACUCUCUGUCUUUGCAGUUUUGACUGGCUGUGUCUUAGGCUUCAUGUUAAGAGGGAGUCAGCUCUCCACCCAGGCUAAAAUCUAUUUUUCUUUCCCUGGAGAACUCCUCAUGAGGAUGCUCAAGAUGCUUAUCCUUCCACUCAUCACAUCCAGUUUAAUGUCAGGUCUGUCAUCCAUGGAAUCAAAAGCGUGUUGUCGUAUGGGAGUCCUAACAGUAACAUACUAUUUAUGGACGACCUUCAUUGCUGUGGUGGUUGGCAUCCUCCUGGUAAUCAUCAUAAAACCAGGGGUGGGAACUGAUAUGGACAGCAACAGACUGGGCGGCGGACCAGUGAUGACAUCAGCAGAUGCAUUGCUUGACCUCAUUAGGAACAUGGUACCCUCCAAUCUUAUUGAGGCCACAUUUCAACAAUACAAAACCGACUUGGUCCCUAUAUUGAAAGUCCAGACAAAAACAAUCCAGCCCAAUUUUGUUUACAUCGUUCCUGACGAGAAUGACCCCAACGGCCAUACAGUUUACCUGGAGCUCACCCCUCCCCCAGAGAUCCACUACAAGACCAGCCCUGGCAGCAGCCAACAGAUGAAUGUAUUAGGCAUUGUCAUCUUCUCUGCCACAAUGGGUCUGUUGCUUGGAAAGAUGGGGGAAAGAGGAGCUCCUCUUGUCAACGUGUGUCAGUGCAUCAACGAGUGUGUCAUGAAGAUCAUCAAUGCUGCUGUUUGGUAUUUUCCUUUUGGGAUAAUAUUUCUGGUUGCUGGAAAGAUUUUGGAUAUGCAGGAUCCAUCUACACUUGGAAAGAAACUGGGCUGGUACACCAUCACUGUCCUGGCUGGCCUCUUUGUACAUGGUCUCAUCCUCCUCCCUUUUUUCUACUUCAUCCUGACCCACAAGAACCCUUUCACCUACAUUCGUGGUCUCCUGCAAGCCAUGGUCAUUGCUCUUGCCACCUCCUCAAGUUCAGCCACUCUGCCCAUCACCAUGAAGUGCUUGUUGGAGAACUGCCAUGUGGAUAGGCAGAUUGCCCGGUUUGUCCUGCCUGUGGGUGCCACCAUCAAUAUGGAUGGCACAGCUCUAUAUGAGGCUGUAGCGGCCAUAUUUAUUGCCCAGGUUAACGACUAUGAGCUGGACUUUGGCCAACUGGUCACAAUAAGUAUAACAGCAACAGCUGCCAGCAUAGGUGCUGCAGGGAUCCCUCAGGCUGGCCUUGUUACUAUGGUGAUUGUGCUGACUUCAGUAGGACUGCCACCUGAUGACAUCACGCUCAUUGUUGCCAUUGACUGGGUCCUGGACAGAUUUCGCACUAUGAUCAACGUAUUGGGAGAUGCCUUAGCUGCUGGGAUCAUCGCCCAUCUAUGCCGUAAAGACUUUCCUCUCAGUGGAAAGUCAGGGCCAUCGUAUGGCACGCCAAACACACAUAACUCUCACACUACACAGAGUGUCAACGUUUCAAUGACAGAGAUGCAAAACAAAGAUUGCUUCAUAGAGGUGAUGGGAGAUUCGAUCAACCAGAGGCACACACACACCGUCUACUACAACAUCUGUCAAGUCUAACUCUUGGACAGGACACUUCUCAAAUACUGGAAUAAUUUGAGUGCUUUUUUCUGUUGUGCCAAGAAUAUAGUACUGAAUAUUUUUUCUUUCUUUCUGCUACGUUUUUGAGUCUUUUAUGCUGGACUUCUGCUAUCUGAUUUGGAUAUUCGUAAUGCUUUUGAGCAAGGAGUGCAAUGGUACAUGAUGACAUAAGGCCGAUUGGUGACAAAAGAGACCUCAGACAAUGGAUAUUUACAAUGAAUAUCUAUGGACCAAUGUUGGACAUUGGAAUGUUUCCAUUUAGACUGUGUUGUAGUGUGUCGUAUAAUUUGCCUUUGUAGUCAUAAUAUGUGCACAUAUUUAUUAUCUUUAUAUUAUCUGUAUUUAUAAAGCAGACUUGAAAUGAUAACAUGCUGGCAUGCCUUUUAAAUUAUUUCAUUUUAAACCAUGUGCAUUGUUACAUAUGCAUGACCUUUUGAUUCCUACAAACAAAAGUACUGUUUGUGUGCUGCAUCUAACCACUGGUAACUGGGAUGUUUGACAAACACAAAUAAUGUACCUUUCAUAAAUAAAUAAAAAUG